CAAACACACAAAAUCAUACACAUCUCACUGUCACUUUCCCUAUCUUUUCCCAAUGGUGUAAUUGAAAGCACUGCUUGCUUCUCCCCUGCCUUGUUUACUUGCUUGGAAUAACAACUCAAGGUGUUGUGCUGGAUCUUGCCAUCGACACUUCAUUUUGAACUUCACUCUUGAAAGCGUGCAGUUUGUGGUGUUUGGGAUUGCCACAUAAAAGGAAAGAAAGACAACGAUACAUGAUGUGUACUGGAAAGUGCUCCAAAUGUACAUGCACCAAAUGCAUUGGGAUAGCUUUGCUUCCACUUGCUGUCUGUGCCAUUCUCUCCAAUCUUCUCCUCUACUUCCCCAAUGGAGAAGUAUUAGAAGCCAGCAGGAUCACCGAUCUGGUCUGGUUUUUCCAUGGGAUUCUGGGAGCUGGGAUACUGGUGUUCUUGCCCGCAUUUAUGAUGCUCGGGAUAGGUGGAGCAGGAUGUUGUGCAAACAAAUGUCGGAUGCUGCUGUCUGUUGUCUUUGCAGCACUGGGAGCUGCUGGUGGGGUCUACUGUGUGAUCAUUUCAUCCUUGGGUUUAAUCAGUGGUCCUUUGUGUGAUAUCGGCGAUGAGGUAUAUCUCUAUCCUUUCCGGAACAGCACCUUGGCAGACAAUUAUCUGCUUAACCAGACAUCCUGGAGCAUUUGCAAAAAGCCAGAAAACGUCAUCCUCUGGAACAUUGUCUUGUUCUCGCUCCUGCUGGCCAUUGGCAUUGCCGAAGCAAUCCUCUGCCUCAUUCAAGUCUUUAAUGGGCUCAUGGGAUUCCUAUGUGGCUCAUGCUUGAGGAAAAGAAAGACCGAUAUUGCGGGAAUGUGACCGUUCUUCAAAUAAAGCUAAAAGCAAACAACAAAUGGGCAGAAUGAACAGUCAAGGAAGCAUGUGUUGUUGUAUAUUUAUGGGAACAAGAAAUGGAAUGGAUGGCCAUAACUACAGAAAUAAUGCAAAACAUUUUGUAUGUAUAAAGAGAAUAUCUGUAUAGUUAGGAAAAAGAAGUGUGUGUAAUUUAUUUCAGGGUUUUUUGGGGGGUGGGUGGGGUAUAGUUUCUUU